AUGCAUGGCAUUUUCAAUAUCUCUAAUUCAUGCAGAUCUGAUGUUCUGUUUGGAGGUAAGGUUAUUAUUUUUGGUGGUGAUUUUAAGCAAAUAUUACCUGUUGUUCCAAACGGUGGACGACAAGAAAUUGUGAAUGCCUCAUUAUGUUCGUCUUAUCUGUGGAGGAAGUGUAAGUUGUUGAGUUUAACUAGAAACAUGAGGUUAACCGUUGGAAGACCUACAUUUGAAAUUGAAGAGAUCAAUAAUUUUGCAAAAUGGUUGUUGGACGUUAGUGAGGGAAAUGUUGGUGGUUCGAAUGAUGGAGAAGCAAUAAUUGAAAUACCACCUGAUCUUUUAAUUGACAGCACAUCUGACCCAAUUUCUAGCCUGAUUGAUUUUGUCUAUCCGUCAAUCUUGGAAAACUACAAUGAUCGUGAAGAAAAAGAGUAUCUUAGUUCUGACAGUCUAUGCCCUACUAAAGAUGCCAAUGUUGAUCAGCAAAAAAUAUACUCACCCGAUGUGCUAAACGGUCUUAAAGUAUCUGGUUUACCAAAUCAUAGGUUAGUGCUUAAAGUUGGUGUUCCAAUAAUGUUGUUACGAAAUAUUGACCAACGAAAUGGUUUGUGUAACGGUACAAGGUUAAAGGUUACAAAACUUUACAGCCGUGUAAUUGAAGCUGAGAUAAUUUCAGGUGGAAAUAUUGGUUCUCGGACAUUCAUACCUAGAAUUAAUUUGGAACCUUCGGACAGAAAGAUUCUUUUUGCAUUUCAAAUGAGGCAAUUUCCAAUAGCUGUAUGUUUUGCGAUGACGCUCAACAAAAGCCAGGGCCAGUCGCUAUCUAAGGUUGGUUUGUACUUGAGACAACCAGUUUUCACACAUGGUCAAUUGUACGUAGCUUUAUCGAGGGUUACAAGACGAGAUGGAAUCAAGUUACUAAUACUUGACAAUGAAGGCAGGCCUACAAAUAAAACAAUAAAUGUUGUAUAUAAAUGUGAAAACCCUCGCAAUUACAGGUACUGUACAAAUUAA